UGAGUGUGGUAUCAGUAGUCCUGGCUGAGGUUUUAAAAUCUCUGCAUUAGCAAUCCCAAGAUUAUGUUGCAGCUUGGUAUAUUAAUUAUGAUAUAUUACUGUGUUCACUUUACAGCUAGCACUGAUCCAGAACUUUCAGUUGUGCAAUACCCUGAAGAUGCCAGUGUGCUUCUUAACUCAACAGUGUGGAUGCUGUGUGUAUUUGAGUACCCAGAGGAGGAGAACGAGAUGCCAGUCGUGUACUGGAGGAAGGGCCCUGACUACAAUAAUUUGCAGAGUCUUCAGUCAAGCACUGGAGCUGCUAGGCCGCAUGUACGCAUUAUAAAGAACGUACUCAAGGGAUUCUCCAUCUUGAAACUGAGCAAUGUUGAUCACAGUGCCAGUAAUUCAUAUUUCUGUGAUGUGACACUAACUCAGAACGUCCAGAGCAAACGUGGAAGUGGCACCAACCUGACCGUACAUGGUAAGGAGCACUUGGGAGUCACAGAAAUGGAUUUGAUACUUAAAAUGCAAAGACUGUAUAAGAUCAGACAAGACCUGGUGGGGUUGGUUUCUUCUUCUUGGAUACACCAUCUUUGUCACCACAGUUAUCAUAGCUUUCAUUAUUCAUCAGGGCUGUAAAAAGUGCAAGAACAGGUCAAGAAACACAGAUAGCAGCGCCACCUCACCAAGUGACUGGAUUUACGACAAGCCAUCCAGACCAGUAAACAAUGGGUUUAAUCAAGAAUAUGUAGACAUGUCGCUAAUAAGGACUUUCACUGACACUGGAAGGAAGAUGAUAUGAAAAAGAAAUUGAAUGCUCCCAGAGCACCAUGUUUUCUGCUGUGAAUUAAAGAUACAUCUUCCCCUUCUAUAAAGUCUAAUGAUUGUACGAUAUUCUAUAACAUCAAACUUAUUGCCAGCUUAGCAAGGCUUUCUGUGGAACUUUUCCAGGUUAUUAUACAUUUAUCUUCUCUUUAAGCAUUCUAUGAAUAAAGAUGCCAAUAAAAACCAUCUU